AUGCCUGAGCAGAGCAACGACUACCGAGUGGUGGUGUUCGGGGCGGGAGGCGUGGGCAAGAGCUCGCUUGUGCUGCGCUUCGUGAAGGGCACGUUCCGGGACACCUACAUCCCCACCAUCGAGGACACCUACCGGCAGGUGAUCAGCUGCGACAAGAGCGUGUGCACGCUGCAGAUCACCGACACCACGGGCAGCCACCAGUUUCCGGCCAUGCAGCGGCUGUCCAUCUCCAAGGGCCACGCCUUCAUCCUGGUCUACUCCAUCACCAGCAAGCAGUCGCUGGAGGAGCUGGGGCCCAUCUACCAGCUCAUCGUGCAGAUCAAGGGCAGCGUCGAGGACAUCCCCGUCAUGCUGGUGGGCAACAAGUGUGACGAGACGCAGCGGGAGGUGGACACCCGCGAGGCCCAGGCUGUGGCCCAGGAGUGGAAGUGCGCCUUCAUGGAGACGUCGGCCAAGAUGAACUACAACGUCAAGGAGCUUUUCCAGGAGCUGCUCACGCUGGAGACACGCCGGAACAUGAGCCUGAACAUCGACGGCAAGCGCUCCAGCAAACAGAAGAGGACAGACCGCGUCAAGGGCAAAUGCGUCCUCAUGUGAGCCCAGAAUGCCCGCCACCAGCCGGCCCAUGCCUCUCCCAACUCCCCUCCUCCUCCUCCUCCACUCCAAUCCUCCCUGCCCUCCUCCCCAUCUUCUUCUCUCUCCCUCUCAUCUCUUCCACUUCUCUUCCUUCACCCAGCGCCUCUGCGGGGGAGACCGAGGCCCCGGUGAGCCCGCGGCAGGUCUGGGGCUCCAACCUGGCUCUGCCGCAUGGCUCUGCCUCCCCGCCCCCACCCCCCAGGCCUGUCUGCACCCCCCAAAGCCACGUGCUGGAGGUGGCCCCCUGGAUCC